AUGCAUGGCCUCAAGAUGCUCGGCUCAGUCAUUCUAUUUGCGCUUUCCGUUGUUGCCCAGAAAGCGUCAUCCGUUACACCAGCCUCAGCGAUGCCAGUAGUGACUAUGAUGUGGGGCGAAUCCAAGCCCACGAACGCGGCCCUUGCAGCGUCAGCUGAGUCCGUCGGCAGUGCAAUGGCGUCGCAAAUCGCUACUGCCGCAUCAAAGAUGAACAUGUCCGGCAUGUCCAUGGCCACUGGCACGACAAAGACGAUGUCUGAGAUGUCGGGGAUGAGCAUGACCAGCGUGAGCGGUAUGAGUAUGGGGACGGCCAGUGCUACAGGCAUGAUGAUGGGAGGUGCCCCACAGGACGCAGCUUGGGGGGCAGGCAUUUCAAUGCUAAUGAUGGGGAUGGGGGCUGCGUUAGUGGUGUAG